AUGCAUAACGUUCUAACGUCGUUGCUUUUUUUGUUUGCCGCCAUAUUUGGAACGUUCAUCUUAUUGGCACAAUGCGCUAAGAAGAGUGAUGCAAAGGCCAACAAGAAAGAUAAAAAGGGGAAGAAGAAUCCCAAGACGGUAGACGGAAAGAAGCAAAAGAAGGAUACGAAGGAUACGAAAGCAGCUAAGGACAACACAAAAUUACUAAACAAAUCCCCCUCCAAAGGAAAUCCAAAAUCGGCAGGGAAAACAAAAUCUGGAAAGUUUGGACCAAAAACGAUAACUGUGGUCACUGCAGAGGAAUAUGCGAAGGAUGAACUCACUGAACUGUUGGCAAGAGCAGUUAAACCUGACCCUGAAACAAUGAAUCAGUUGAAAAAGAUGAAGAUUGACAACAAGAGAAAGCCCGUCAUGAUUCCACCCAAACAGCAAGGAGGUACUGCUACAGUGAUUUUGAUGCCACCACGGGACAUGCAAUCAACUUUGCUGGUAACUGCAAUGCCUGAUCCUGCUCCAAAUAAAAAGAAAGAUGAACCAAAAGUGGAUGAAGAAUUUUCUGUUGAGGUAUCGAAGAGAAAGGAUAUGGACGAGGGAGACAGCAAGAAAGGGGAGGGAAUGAGUAUUUCUUUGGAAUAAUGACUGGUAUUGAAGAAUAUAUAGGAGAGAAUUGUUAAUGAAAAUAAAUGUUUGGAUUGAAAAUUUAAAAAAUGUAAAUAAAUAAAAUUGUAUGUUAG